AUGUCACUGGAGUCUGACGACGAGGAGGGCCCCCUGGGCGGCGGCGCCGCUGCCAGCGCCGAGGCCGCGCGGCGCGCGGCGGCGCGGCUCGGGGCGGCGCUCGCGCUGCGGGCGCUCGCGCCGGCGCUGGGCGCGGCUGAGGUGGCGGCCAGCCUGGACUUCCUUAUGGGCCGCGGCCUGGCGGACCCCGAUCCCGCGGUGCGCGAGGCCAUGGUGGCGGCGGGCGUGGCUGUGGUGGACCUGCACGGCGCCGCCUACGCGGGCACGCUGAUGCCGCUGUUCGAGGGUUAUCUGGAGAAGAGGCGCCCCGCGGCCGCCCGUGGUGCUGCAGGCGUGGACGAGGGCCGCUAUGAUCUCGUGCGCGAGGGGGUGGUGGUGCUGCUGGGCACGCUGGCCGCACACCUGGACCAGGGGGACACAGAGCGCGCCGCCAUCGUGGAGACGCUGCUUGACGUGCUGUCCACCCCCUCAGAGGCGGUGCAGCGCGCGGUCAGCUCGCGCCUCGCGCCACUCAUGCCGGCACCCUCUGCACCGUGA